AUGGCCGAGUACUCCUGCUACCGCCACUCGAUCGUCGUCAUUCCCAUCUACGAGACGCUUGGCUCCAAUGUCUGCGUUUUCAUUGCCAAGCAAGCUAAGCUGACCGCCAUCUUUUGUGAUACCCUAACGCGUGUGGAUGGUGUUCUGAAGAAUGUCAAGGAAUGUGACACCUUGAAGCAUAUCAUCGUGGCGAGCGCUGGCUCUGACGCUGCACUGCAGGCGAUGAAGGAGAAAGCUGUAUCGUAUGGUUUGCAGUUGCAUUCAAUGGACGAUAUUGAAGGGUUGGGUAAAAUUAACCCACAGGCCGAUCAUCCACCUGAGGCUAAUGACUUGGCCGUCAUUUGCUACACAUCAGGCACUACUGACGCUCCGAAAGGAGUGAUGCUUAGCCAUGAGAAUAUUGUGGCCAACUUUUCGGCGAUUUUGCACCACCUAGUCGACUAUCGACUCUGUGAGACGGACACUCUCAUCAGCUACCUACCCCUGGGGCACAUGUUUGAGCGUGUCUGCGAAUGGGGCGUCCUCGCGGUGGGCGGCAAGGUUGGCUACUUUAGUGGAGACAUCAAGCUGCUGUCGGAUGACAUGAAGAUCAUCCAGCCCACCAUGUUUCCAUGUGUUCCACGAGUCCUGAACAAGAUUUACGGGCGAAUCCAGGAGACGGUCAGCUCCAGCUUCAUCAAGUCCUGGCUGCUGAACAUGGCGUACGAGUCGAAGAGAAAGCAGCUGGCGAACAAGGUGUACGAUAACAACACCAUCUGGGACCACCUCGUCUUCUCGAAGAUUCGCGCCCUGCUCGGCGGCCGCGUUCGCAUCAUUCCCGUCGGCUCUGCACCACUCAACGAUAAGGUGCUCGACUUUUUGCGCUGCGCCCUGGGCUGCCACAUUCUGGAGGGCUACGGUCAGACGGAGUGCGUCGCCGCCUCCACCGUCGGUCUGAUUGGCGACUACACGGCGGGCCAUGUUGGCGUGCCGCUCGCCUCCUCCGCCAUGAAGCUCAUCGACGUCCCCGACAUGGGGUACUUUGUGGCGAAGGGCAAGGGCGAGGUGGUGAUUCGCGGGUCGAUCGUCUUCAAGGGCUACUACCAGGACCCGAAGAAGACGGCGGAGACGGUGGACGCGGAGGGCUGGCUCCACACCGGCGACAUUGGUCAGUGGACGGAACAGGGUACGCUGAAGAUUGUCGAUCGAAAGAAGGACAUUUUUAAACUGGCUCAAGGCGAAUACAUUGCUCCGGCGAAGAUUGAGGACAUUUACGCGCAGAGUCCUUAUAUACUGCAAAUUUUUGUCUACGGCGACAGCUACAAGUCUAAUCUGGUGGGCUUUGUCGUGCCCAACUUUCCACUGGUUCAGGAGGCCUUCAAGAAGAAGGGCAUCACCGUGGACGUUGACUUUGAGAAUAACAACCAGCUUCGAUCGAAUGCAGAAAUUAAGAAGUUUAUCCUUGAUGAGCUGACUAGCGUUGGCAAAAUGAGCAAGCUAAAGUCCUUUGAGCAGGUGAAAGACAUUUUAAUACAUCCUGAGGGAUUCUCCAUCGAGGAAGGCCUGGUGACGCCCACCCUUAAAAAUAAGCGCUUCGCGUUGAAAAAGUUUUUCCAAAAGCAAAUAGAAGAAUUGUACAGCAAGUUAGAGUAA